AUGAACGGAUUACGGAAGAAAUCUAUAGUUUUUGUUUUGCUCGAAGCUUUAGUCAUUUAGUGACUGUUUUUUCAUUUUUCUUUUGACUAUUUUUAUUAAUAUAUUUGUAUCAUAUUAAACAAUUUAUCAGUUCAUUGUUAAAUAUUAUUUAUUCUUAAGAUUAGUUCCGUUUACUAAGUAUCUCCACAUUCAGGAUACUGAAAUUUUAUCACAGGGAACUGAUACUAAAUUUAGUCGCAGUUCAAUGAGACGUGCAAAUUAUGGCGGUGGUAGUCGAGGAGCACCAAGAGGUGGCGGUAUGAACAGAAGCGAUAGUUAUAGCAGCCGUGGCUCAAAUUUUGGUAGCCGUGGUGGUGGAGAUAGUGAUGGAUAUAGACGUGGUGGACCAGGAGGAGGUGGAGGAAAUAAUUUUAAUAGCUUAAAGAGUAAGCAACCUGGUGGGGCUCUACGUAAGCCAAAAUGGGAAAAUGAAACUCUUCAACCUUUCCAAAAAAAUUUUUAUACUCCUCAUCCAUUAGUUAUAAAUCGUCCUAGGGUAGAAGUGGAAAAUUAUGUUAGGGAAAAAGAAAUUUCGUAUGUUGGUAGUAAUAUCCCAGAUCCAAUUAUGAAUUUCAAUGAAGUCAUUCUUCCAGACUAUGUUUUCAAUGAAGUUAAAAAACAAGGAUUUAGCAAUCCAACUCCUAUUCAAGCGGUUAGUUGGCCAAUUGCACUAAGUGGAAGAAACAUGGUUGGAAUAGCUCAAACAGGUUCUGGAAAAACUCUUGCUUAUAUGUUGCCGGCAAUAUUACACAUCAAUCAUCAGCCUCGUCUCUUACGUUAUGAUGGUCCCAUAGUUUUAGUAUUAGCACCUACUCGUGAACUUGCUCAGCAAAUUCAACAAGUAGCUGUUUCAUUUGGUACCUCUACAUUUGUAAGAAAUACUUGUGUAUUUGGUGGUGCUCCCAAAGGUCCUCAAGUUGAUGAUUUAGAACGGGGUGUAGAAAUUGUAAUAGCAACACCUGGAAGACUUAUCGACUUCUUAGAAAGGAAUACAACUAAUUUAAAACGAUGCACUUAUUUAGUACUUGAUGAAGCUGAUCGUAUGUUGGAUAUGGGUUUUGAGCCUCAGAUACGUAAAAUUAUUGAACAGAUCCGGCCGGAUCGUCAAGUUUUAAUGUGGUCAGCAACAUGGCCCCCCGAAGUUAAAAAUUUAGCAGAAGAGUUUUUGGAUGAUUAUAUACAAGUGAAUGUGGGCUCUUUAAAUUUAUCAGCUAAUCAUAAUAUCUCUCAAGUAGUCGACGUAUGUGAUGAUUAUGAAAAAGAACAAAAGCUAUAUGCUUUGUUAACAGAUAUAUUUUCUCAACCAGACAAUAAAACUAUCAUUUUUGUAGAAACUAAACGUUCUGUUGAUAAUAUUGUGAAAUUAGUGAAUCGGAAUGGAUGGAGAUCCAUUGGAAUACAUGGUAAUAAGUCUCAAAAUGAACGCGAUCACACAUUGAAUCAAUUUCGUUCUGGUCAAGCAAAUAUUCUGGUGGCAACUGAUGUAGCUGCUCGUGGUUUGGAUGUGGACGAUGUCAAAUAUGUGAUAAAUUAUGAUUACCCAAAUUCAUCUGAGGAUUAUGUACAUCGUAUUGGUAGAACAGGUCGUUCUAGCCGUACUGGAACAGCAUUUACAUUUGUCACUCCCAGCAAUGCUCGUCAAGCCAAAGAUCUCAUAUCUGUCUUACAAGAAGCUAAACAAGUCGUUAAUCCAAAGCUUUUUGAACUUGCAGAAAUGGCUGCUACUGGAGUGUUUGGAAAGAUGGAUCGCUCCAAUCGUAAUCGUGACCGCGGUGGACAAAACAAUCGAGGCCGUGGUAAUCAUGACCGUGGUAGUCGUGGAAAUUAUGGUAGUGGUGGCCGAGGUGCAUAUAGAGGAGGAAAUCGAGGUGGUUACAUGGGCGGAAGUCAUAGUUCUAGUCGUGAUAGCUAUUCAAGCGGAAAUCAGGGAGGUCGUAGUGGAUUUACAGGAACUAUUCCUGUUAACAACAUUAUGAAUAAUAACAAUGGUACUACUCCUGGUCGUGAAAGAGCUAGCAGAUGGGGAGAUAGCAACAACAGUCAAGUAACUCAGCACCAACCUAGUCAGCAUCAACCAACAUUUGUGUCACAGCCGCCAGUUCAAAUGCCUAAUAUGAGCAACCCACCUCCUGGUUAUGUGAGCAAUUAUGGGUUUCAGGCGCCACAACCAAACAGUAACUUUAGAGGAGGUUUUUAAUUUAUGACUUUCAUUUUUUUUUCUUUUAUAUAUAUAUUAAUUAUAAAGCACUUUAUUUUCAAACAUA